UUUAAGGCGGCGGCUCCUUUAAGAAAACGGAACUGGAGCCUCUGCGCUUUGACGCGCGGAGGAUGUGGGCAGGAAACGCCGCCGUGCAGCGAGAGCGCAGAGACGAUCACGCUUCCCAGCAGCGUUGCACAAUACAGUGCGAUCAAAAUGCGCUGUGACUCGGCCCGCUGAUGUCCAGGAGCGGCCAUUCUCCCCGGAUCUCCACCCCGCGGCCCACACGCAGCAGCAGCAGCAGCAGGAGGAGGAGGAGGCGAGCAGGAGGAUCCGCCGGCGUGGGAUUUGUGCGCCGUCCGAGCGAGAGGAGAGCCUUCCCGGCCCGCUCGGGUUGAAAACAUCGGGGCCGGUCAGCGGGUGGGAGAGGGAGAGGGAGAGGGAGCAGGCUUCGUCGCGGAAAAAGGAGGUGUCUGCCUUUUAUUCCCCCCCGCCUCGGCUCCCCACCCUCCUCCUCCUCCUCCACAGCCAUGAGGGAGUACAAAGUGGUUGUUUUGGGGUCGGGCGGAGUCGGCAAAUCCGCGCUGACGGUCCAGUUCGUGACGGGCUCCUUCAUCGAGAAGUACGACCCGACGAUAGAGGAUUUCUACAGGAAGGAGAUCGAGGUGGACUCGUCCCCGUCCGUGCUGGAGAUCCUGGACACGGCGGGGACCGAGCAGUUCGCCUCCAUGCGCGACCUGUACAUCAAGAACGGCCAGGGCUUCAUCCUGGUCUACAGCCUGGUGAACCAGCAGAGCUUCCAGGACAUCAAGCCGAUGAGAGACCAGAUCAUCCGGGUGAAGCGGUACGAGCGGGUGCCCAUGAUCCUGGUGGGGAACAAGGUGGACCUGGAGGGGGAGAGAGAGGUGUCUUCCGGGGAGGGCAAGGCGCUGGCCCAGGACUGGAACUGCCCCUUCAUGGAGACCUCAGCCAAAAACAAGGGGUCAGUCGACGAACUGUUCGCGGAGAUCGUGAGACAGAUGAACUACUCGACUGUUCCCAGUGGUGGAGACAAGUGCUGCUCGUGUGUCCUGCUCUAAAGACCCAUCAGAACCGGUGCCAGAACCACCCAAGGGGGGUCUGAUGUGGAUCAUCUUUUUCUAAGUUGUCCUGCAACAACAACAACAACAACAACAACAACAAAAGGACAACCACCCCUCUAUCUCUUAUCUUUCGCUCUCUCUGCUCACACUGUUGUCUUAUUGUUGCACACAAGAAUCGACGACGACAACAAUCGAUUAUGUAUUAUAGUCUGGAAAAAAGUGUUUACAUGACAAAGUACUUGAAUGUUUUUUGAGGGGAGGGGGGGAUUUUUUUUAUAUAGCUUUGUAUAUGACACUUCUCUGGAAAUGUGCCUCAAUGGGAAUGUCUUAUUGUGAAACCUAAGAGACAGCUGUUUUCUGCUUACUUCUGAUCUUCUUCUUCUUCUUCUUCUUCUUCUUCUUCUUCUUCUUCUUCUUCUUCUUCUUUUUAAUUUCUUUUCUGGUGGUAUUUUAAUCUGUUGAGUUGUACUGUUGCAUCUUCUGGGCUGGGUCCAUCUGUGGUGGAGAGCAGCGGCGGUGUUGGGGGUGUUGGGGGUGGCUGUCAUUAUGCCAAACUCCCUGUAGUCGGUCACCUGGAGGAGACCCUUGAAAGUGCUUCAUAAUCGCUCUCAAACGUAUCAAUCACCGCUCAAGCCUUUGCACAGGGUUCCUCAAGUCUCCAGCGGUUCAUGUCGCCAUCGAUAUCCCCCAAGACUCGCUCGGAUGCUGUGUUUUGAUGCUGUCGACUGUGUUGAAGUUGUGUUACGCCUACAUAUUUUUUUUUUCUUUAUCCCCCCCCCCACACACUCCUCCUCCUCUUCCUCCUCUCCGGUCUGGUGAAAGUGGAUUUAUCAUUGAACUUGCACUUAGCUGACGGUGUCCCCUCCUCAGUGUGCACAAAAAAAAAAAACAAGGACCUUUUUAGUGCAUUGCAUUGUCGCUGCAUGGGGGCGGGAAGGGGGGCCGGCUGGGGAACGCCACGACCCACCAACCACCACCCCCCCAUGUCAAGUGCCUUCCUCAUUUAAAAAAAAACACAACAACAACAACAAAAAAAAACUCCUGUGACUGUGCCAACUGAUGAGCCCUACUUCCUCUGCAGUGCGUCUUGAUGGCAAUCAGAACUUUAUUCUUUUUUUCGUUUGUUUCGGUAUCGUUUCAGUUGGUGUCACAGUGCAGAGAGAGCCUCCUCUGGUUUCACUGUCAGGAAGCUCGUAAACAGACGACCGGCUGCUUCAGGGUCAGAUUCAGGCCGUUUCUUGAGGUACUAGUCCCAACAAGAACAACAGAGUUACUUUGACCUUUACUAGGAUUAUUGGUUCAGUGAAUGGCAAGCCAUGUCUGUAUUCUUAUUAUUAAUAUUAUUAUAAUUAAUGUUAUCUAGAGUUUUUUUGUUUUCUUUUCUAAAAAUGUGACUUUUUUUGGCUCUUUGUUUUUGUUUUGUUUUUUCGACUUACCGUAAUUGUUAUUCUCCCUUUGGACAAAAUCUUCUGCCAUCCACCUGUCGGUUUAAAAGACUUGUAAUACAAAAAAAAAGAAAAAAAAAAACGCAUUUUACGUACUGCUGUGUGCUGUGCUUGUCUCUGAUGAUAACAUAAAGUGUCUACUUCUUUUCUUUUAAACGUAGUACAAGAAGUUUCUGACCUUCGAUGCCUCGAUUUGACCCACAGAAUGAAACCGUUUCUUAAUGUCACCCGGUCGUAUUCUGAUGUAUUCGUGCAUUUAAUGCUGAGGAUGAAUUGAAGAGUCUCAAAGUUAACUUAGUUUCACCAUCGUCAUGUUACUGCUAUUAAUCUUACACAGCCACAAAUGGAUAUAUUUCCUCAUCGCCAUGCAUUAUACAAACAGCUGUGUGUAUAAAUAGUAGUUUUAAUUGUAAAUUACUGUUGCUGCUUUACAGUUUUAGCACAGCAACAAGAAAUCGACUGUCUUUAACGAUAGAUGGUUUAGGUGAUAUAUGAAGGACAAUCUCCAGAUGUUUCCUAGGAUUUUCUGCUACUUUCUGUUUCAUAUCAGUCACUGAAUAUCUUUGGAAUACAUGAAGUAAAGAUGUCACAGUGAGGUCGAGGUCAGGGCCACACCUGUGUUAAGAUGCAAAAUGUCACAUGAUGGAAGCCCCUAGAGGCGAGUGAGAAAAAGAUAACGGUGAUCAAGUCUGAUCUGAAUUGAUUGUAUCUCCUCUUUUUAUGACGCAAGAAAUAUGUGAAGAGAAAAAAAACAGUUCCUUAGUUUUUCCAUUUGCCUCUGAGGGAUUCCAAGGUUCCUCGAUUACUGCACACAGUGUCACUCUGCCCACCGCUCUGCUCGGAUUAUGAAAAUAAUUAGGUGACCUAAAUAUUUAAAGAGGAUUUUAACCCUUUAAAAUAGCAUAAUGAGGAAGUCACAUUAUAGUGUUAUUAUUGUUUUAUUUUCACUGGAAAUACAUGGUGGGCCAAAUUACAAACCUUAUGGUGGGCCAGCUUUGGCUCAUGCGCCCCACUGUGGGCAGCCCUGGUCCAGGUAUGUGUGAGUUAUUUUGUUAUUUAAGUCCUUUUCUUAUCUCAUACACUCAAAGAUUAAUUCAUUACCAACUAUUCUAACAAUUGGUGUAAUGCUUUUUAUAAGGAAAAAAAGUAAAAACCCUCAGAUUUCAGCUUAUU